CGGUCGCUUCCCAGUUUGCUGUGACUACCUCGAUCAUAAUGUCGGUCGUCGGUGCGGCCAGGUAAAAGGUGUGCUUGUAACCUCGAGCAAUGCAGCGGUCGACGCGACGACCGCGAUGUGUGCGCGCGUGUUUGGCGUAGCGCUUAGUAACGCAGCGCAUUCAACUGUUUCAUCAACAACAAAAGCGCGCGCGGCUGCCGCGGCGGCAAGAUGCGUCCGCACCAGCUGCACGCGCUGCUCGGCAUCGUCGUCUGCCUCUUCGUACUCUUCGGCAACGCGGCGGUGGACCUGGUGCCGUGCGACCGGACGCGGCGCGUCUUUGCCGAUGCAUGGGGCGUUAUUACCGACGGCCCGCUGGGCUCCAACUAUACACAGGACUCGCACUGCGAGUGGCUUAUCAAAGCCCCAUCGGCGAAGAAAUUCAUCACGCUCAGUUUCCGUAGCAUGGGCACCGAGUGCUCCUAUGACUACGUCUUCGUCUACGACGGCGAUUCGUUUCGCUCGCCGUUGCUAGGCAGUUUCAGCGGUAAAACCGAACCGCAGCAGGUGGUGGCCAGCAGUGGCUACAUGCUCAUCCUGCUCUACAGUGAUACCAACUAUGUAUUAGACGGUUUCCGCGCCGAGUUUUCCAUCACGGACUGUCCGAGCAAUUGCUCCAGUCACGGACUGUGCCAUAACCACAAAUGUGUGUGCGAGAGCGGCUGGGGUGGGCGUGAUUGCUCAAAGGAAGUGUGUCCGGAGAACUGCGGCACCAAUCUGGGACAUGGCCGUUGCGAGGCCGGAAAAUGUGUGUGCCAGGAGGGUUUUUCCGGGCAGGCUUGUAGUCUCACCGAACGAGACCCGCAUGGGAAUAGAUGGCACUGGCUGUCGCAUUCGGAAGGUGGCCUAACUCCGCGCGCCGCUCACAGCGCCGUCUACGUCGAACAAACUGACAGCCUCUACGUAUUUGGAGGUUAUAAUCUGAACAAAAUACUCACAUCAUUAGAAAUAUACAGUUUUCGCAACUCAUCGUGGCUGGACGAACGCGGCCAGCCGAUACCAGAUCACACAUUAGUGAAUCCAGUCGAUCACAGCUCAAUACCAACUUUAAUCGAUAACGCCGGCCCUGACUGGCAGAAGAAAUGGGGAUUAACACCCGGCACAUCGUUUUUUCGUUCAUUUCUCUACAUCAACGACAAUAGUACACUAGAAAGACGCAAGAGGCCUAUGGGCCAUCAACCGGAGGUAACCGAGCGCCCUCUACCGAGAUACGGCCACGCCGCUUGCGAAGUAAACGAAGGUUUUUUAGUUUUCGGCGGAAAGUUAGCAAACGGCUCGUUAUCGAACGAUUUAUGGCUGUUUAACGUACUCAACUAUAAAUGGGAGCUACGAGCACAACAGUCGACACUCCAACCGCCACGGUUAACAAGACACAGCCUCACACGGACGAAAAACGACGAAGUUUAUUUAUUUGGUGGCAGCACCAUCGAUGGCGAGUUCUCCGCCAAGCUAUACAUGAUCAAACUUGUUUCAGACGGCAGUGAAGAAUGGACCGAGAUCAAACCCCGCGGGGGUAAAGAAUUAGACGUGCGUGUUGUGGCGCAUUCAGCUGUUUAUCAUCCAGCAACAAAUUCAAUCUUAAUCUACGGUGGGAUUGUUGCUGGUGUCGCAAGAUUUUCCAAACUUUCGGAUCGAAUGUACGCGUAUCAACUGGACCACAAGCAUUGGUCCGAGAUACAUUACAUCAGGGACUUUUUACGGGAUAGAUUCGUGCCCAGGGAGCGCGCAUUUCACACAGCGAGUAUCCUCGGGAAUUAUCUGGUUGUCUUCGGUGGGUAUUCACAUCGUCACAACAAGGAAGAAAUCUGUUACGACAAUCAAAUGUACCUCUAUCAUCUUGGGUGUCACACAUGGGUGAAUCCUGACAUUCUCGGCGGGAGUAAAGAUUCAUCUUAUCCGAAGCAACAGGGUGUGUUUGCGCAUGCGGCGAGUAUUCGCAAUGGUAAUACAUUGUUGUUAGUCGGCGGUUACCAUGGCAACGUGAAUGGUGAUUUGCUGGCGUAUACCGUGCCGCCGAUGAUCGCCGCACGCAAUGGCGAUGAUUAUGAACCGGAGAUAUCCUGUCCGCGGCACAAGCAUCACUCGGAGUGUUUGGCGGAUCCCGAAUGCGGAUGGUGCGCGUCGGAUGAGUCGUGUUAUGGGAGGACGGUGGGUGCGAAUUGUACCACGAAUCUACAGACGACGCGAUGUCCGGGCGUGUGUCCAGCGCUCGGGGAUUGCCACUCGUGUUUGAUUCAUGGCCGCACGGAUAAUUCGAAUCGGCAGACGAAGACGGUGGCGCAGAAGUUGGGCCUGUCGCAUUGCACGUGGUGCGUGCAGAACGCGCGGUGUCAUCACAAGGAUGAUAAUUACGGGGUGUGCGGGUUGCGCGAUGAUAGUCCCGGGCAUGUGAAAGGGUGGUGGGGGUCGCAGGGCACCGAGGUGGAUAAUGCGGACAAGUGUCGCGAGGAGGAUAAGCGACCCGGGUUGACUUUUAUCAAGUACUAUCAUCCGGUGAACUUUUCGCAGCCGGAUUAUGUUUCAAUUAUUAAUGCAACAACGGUGGAUUUCAACAGCCCCUCGAAUCCAAUUCUCAAAAGCAACUCAUCGGGUGGCAAAAUGGUGGCGCGUUUGAUCGGCUUCCUGCGCCCAUCGAGCGAUUGGCACGAAAUGCUCACCGUCUGCAUAUCGCACUGCAAUGCCACGCUGCGCAUUGCCGAUCUGCAGAUCGCGAACGUGACGGCCGCCCAGGCGCACUGCGAGACCAAGUCGUGGCCGACGAUUCGAGAGUCCGACCGCGUCGCCGUCGACUUUGAGUCGCGCAAGAGCGUCAGCACGGGCGCUUACAACACGCACCAGCAGAGCAAGAUGGAGUUGCAUCAUCACAAGCUCAAGGAGACGCAAAAGGUUUUCACAUUCGAAUAUCUCGAACCGUACUCAAACGGCACGUGUACGCAAUACACGAAUUGCCUCCACUGCUUGACAGACUCCGAAUGCGGCUGGUGUGAUGCGAGCAACACGUGCGUUUCGCGUGCGUUGAACGAAAGUAGUUCUUGUCUCUCCACCGAUGGCGAAUGGCGUUACCUGACGCUGCAACCGAGCGCAUGCUCCAACUGCUCCAAUUACAUAUCAUGCGAGAGUUGUGUGAAUACAGGCCUCUGCGAAUGGUGGAUUGAAGAAGCGAGGUGCUCACGAAGAGGAUUGUCGAAUGAUUCCGCCGUGGCGUUGGAACAAUGUCCAAUACCAUGUUACAAACGAGAUAAUUGCAGUACAUGCCUGGAACAACGAGGGCGAUGUGUGUGGUGUGAAGCCACACAGCAAUGUUUCAGCUUUUCGGUGUACACAAGCGAGUAUCAAUUUGGUUUGUGUCGCGAAUGGCUGGAUCAAGUCUUUCCGCUUGUCAGCACCACGCAAGAACACGGUUUGAUUUCGAAUGUGAAGCCGCAGGAACAAUGCAAGAGUUGUUCACAUCAUCAGAAUUGCUCGACGUGUUUGAAUUCGUUGAGUUGUGGCUGGUGUUACAACUCAUCGAAUCCGAUUUCGGGGCAAUGCGUUAAGGGUGACUUUAAUAAUCCGCACGUGAAUUGUACAGAAGUGUUGGGAGUAUCGCAUGCGCGAUGGGCGUAUGCGCAAUGCCCGGAUGUGGAUGAAUGUGGGCUGGGAUUGCAUGAUUGUCAUGCGCAGGCGAUUUGCACCAAUACGGAUGGCUCGUAUAGUUGUCACUGUAGGCGUGGGUUUAUUGGAGAUGGCAGGUUGAAAUGCGAACGCACCUGUUAUGAUAUCUGUGUGCAUGGUGUGUGCGAGGGUGAGCCGCAUUACAAGUGUAAAUGUGAUCUCGGCUGGACGGGGGAUAACUGCUCGUUGAAUUGUGGGUGUAAUAAUCAUUCCAAUUGUCCGCAAGGCGUGGGUAUCUGCGAGGAGUGUCAGGAGUGGACUGAAGGAGAGUUUUGUGAGUUUUGUAAAGCGGGAAGUUAUGGAAACGCCACUACUGAUCAAGGUUGUAAACAGUGUGAAUGCAAUGGACACGGUGAUAAAUCCGAAGGAGAGUGUGAUAUUGUCACCGGCGUGUGUUAUUGCAAGGAUAACACCGAAGGAGAUCAAUGCGAACGGUGUAAAACGAAUUAUUAUGGUGAUCCACGUAAUGGCCGACAGUGUUACUACCAAUGCGAGGCCAGAGGAAUGCUCACUGGUUCACAAGGUCAAGGGAUAAGUUCUAGGCAAGCGUAUAGCGCCCCCUGGGGUGGUCCACCAACGCGUGAAUGUCUCUGGAUAAUCAAUCCGAAAAUAGACGAUGGUUUGCCUAUUAUUCAACUGCAAAUCAACGCGUCUGAUUUGAAUAUAACCUGCGGAGAGAAUGCUGUUUAUGUGUAUGACGGGUUGCCGGAGUUGGUGGACAUGGGCAGUCAGAGUGCGCUUUCGGCGGCAUUUUGUAAUGAGGACGCUGCGGCCAGCGCCAUUAUCGAAUCGCGAACAGGUCAGUUAACUGUGCAUUAUAAACAAGGCCUGCCUGGAGAGGGUUUCAACGCCAUGUAUGCAGUGAUCCAAUGCGAGAAUUGUCAUUGGCCACGACAUUGUAAGAACGGCAUGUGUGUUUGUGAAGAUGGUCUAGUUGGGUCCGAUUGUUCAGUGGAGGUGUGCCCGAAAAACUGCAGCGCGUCUUUGCAUCAAGGACAAUGCGACACAGCGUACGGUAGAUGUCUCUGCAAUACUACAUUCGGCGGAAGCGCCUGCGACAUCGGCGUUGACGAACACCACCUUCUCUUUACCGAAUUAUUCAACACGCGAAACCUUGCCGAUCAUUUGGAACACCUUCGAAAAACCCUACCACGUUUUGGUCAUUCCUUAUCCUCGGAUCGUAGAGGUUCCCUUUGGAUGUUCGGCGGGUAUUCAUUAUCUCAUGGUCCCCUGAAUGAUAUCCGUCUUUUUGAUACCCGCAAUAGUACCUGGAUGCAAGUUACAGUUGAUUCUACAGCAGAUGCAAAAAUGCCUUUCGGGAGAUAUUUCCAUGGCGCAGAUAUUAUGCAUUCGAAACAAUCGAUUUUUGUUUUUGGGGGAUUGACCAAACAAACGAAACAAAACACCAAACGCACCCUCAAUGAUUUCUGGCAGUUUGAUAUACAGAAUCAGCGGUGGAAUGAAAUAGAACGAGUUGGACUAUGGCCGCCUGUAGUUUCAGGGCAUACUCUGACUUCUUACAGGAAUCAAACUCUAGAAAGUUUGAUUUUGAUUGGUGGGGUUAGUCCAGAGUCGGGAUUUUUGAGUGAUGUAUGGGAGUUUCGUUUAGAUGGAGAGGUGUGGUCCAAGUGGCAAACAAGAGGUGCAGGCCCACUUGGUAUCUUUGGUCAUACAACUGUAUUCUAUGCAAAGAGCAAUAGUCUGUAUGUUUUUGGAGGUUAUCGGUAUGACCAUCAAGAAUCACAUUUAUCAGACGUAUUGUAUGUUUUAAACUACGAUACGAAAACCUGGACUAACCUAAAUGCAUUCGCGACAUCUAUCUUGCCUGGAAAACGUUUUCUACACUCAGCAGUAACAACAGACACACAUAUGUUGAUCCUAGGUGGACGUCUCUCACCGUGGAACAUCUCCGACACUUUAUACGCGUAUUCAUAUUCUUGUAAUCAAUGGAUUAAUUUAAUCACAGAUGGCGUUAAGUUUGUUGGUCCGCUACCAAGUCAAACUUACGCGCAAGCAAUGACAAUCGAACCUGAAGGCGAUGAUGCUUACGUCAUUGGCGGAUGGGGUAACGGUGCUCAAUCUUCAGUCCUCCGCAUAAAACUACCCUUUGAUUUGUGUACCCUCUGGCCCAAUAAAGACAGAUGUCUGCGCAUACCAGGCUGCGCACACUGCGCUGAGAAAUACGAGGAUCAAAUCGUCGAGGAACAUUGCUACAGCCACGGUAAUAAGUGUCCACUGGUAGACAAGCUCAACCGCACUAAGAAUGAGAACAAAGGUAGGAUAUGCGAAGCGCCAAUCAUGAUUGAUAAUUGCGCAAUGCUUACCGAUUGCACAACGUGUACACAAGUCGCCGGCUGCACUUACUGUAACUACAUGUGCAGUUCGAACAAAACCUGCACGGGUCCCAUUGCGGAGAAUCCAAUUCAAUGCGCGUAUAAUGCCUGCCUGGCCACGGAUUGCAUUCAGUGCCAUCAGAUACCCAACUGUGAUUGGUCCUAUACGAAAUCCAAAUGCGUCUCGGUGAAUAAUAAUCUCGAACGGAAUAUUGUCACGAACUGUGCGCCAUCUUGUAAUUAUUAUAAGUCAUGCAGUGAAUGUUUAGAAGCGAGUGAUUGUCAUUGGUCGACACAGCUGGAUGAAUGUAUCUCGAGCUCAUAUCAGAAGUUGUAUUGUGCUGGGGGUGUAUGCGGGUUAGUUCUACAACCUGACGAUAGGGAGUAUUGUCCGGAGCCGUGCUCAUCACUGACGCAAUGCUCAAGUUGUCUGCGUCACGCUCAUUGCGGCUGGUGUGCCGCUCCAGGUAACAAUGGCACUGGAAUCUGCACGGAAGGAUCAAAUGAACGACCAAUGCAUGGUACUUGUGAUGAAAUACCAGCGCUGGAUAAACUCAGCCCCUUAGAUCUAUUAGACACCGAGGAGAACUCAACUUAUUCAUGGUAUUAUGUAAAAUGUCCCCCGGAGAAUGAGUGUUUGAAUAAUCAUCACACUUGUAACCCGGUAUCGGAAAGAUGUGAGGAUCUCGAAGAGGGUUAUGAGUGUGUUUGUGGGCUGGGGUACAAAGCAGGUCCGAAUGGUUGUGAACCAGUAUGUCUCCAAGGCUGUGUGCGUGGACAAUGCGUAGAACCCAAUAAAUGUAAGUGUGAUUUCGGCUACGUCGGCGCCAACUGCAGCAUUCAAUGUCAGUGUAAUGGACAUGCGAAUUGCGAAGGUCCCGAUAAGUUGGAUAUGUGUUUAGAGUGUCAUAAUAAUACGAUGGGGGCGCAGUGCGAGAAGUGUAAGCCCCUGUUUGUGGGCGAUCCGUCCGAUGGUGGGCACUGCGUGCCUUGUCUGGAAUAUUGUUAUGGUCACAGCCGCAUUUGUUUAGACAAUUCGACUGAGAUUGAUAUUGCUGAUUAUGAUGAGAAUGAUCUGAUUGAGAUGUUGGUGGAGGGGCCCAAGGAUUCCGCGCGGUGUUUGUGGUGCGCGAACAAAACCACUGGGUCAAGGUGUCAGGAAUGUAUCGCGGGGAACUUUCGUGGAAUGGAGGAGUACAAGUUACCAUGUCGGCCAUGUGACUGUCAUGGCCACGGGGAUACCUGUGAUCCGAUUACGGGCGAGAAGUGUAAUUGUAAGAAUAACACCGAGAGUGAGGUGUGCUCAGCGGGUGCGUCGGUGAAGAACAGCGCGCAACAGCAGCCAUGUUGGAUGUUGCAGUGUUCGAAGUGUAAGGAGGGUUAUCUAGGUAUACCGAAACAAGGGCAUCAGUGUUAUAAGCAAAUGAAUAUGGAUUUUAAAAUGUGUUUUGAUGCAAAACCAAUUGAUGAAUGUAAAAUUAAACCGAAACCACUCCACCCCGGGGAGAUGGUUUUCUUUGUGAUACAACCCCGUUAUAUGAACGUGGAUAUCCGUGUGAUCAUCGACGUGACCCAGGGGAAGCUCAAUGUGUUUAUGAGCACUCACGAUAACACCUAUGUGGUGUACCCGAAUCAAACAACCGGUAUGCAAGAGAUCGACCUGGAUCCACAGUAUGCGCCGUGGGAGAAUGGGACUUUCCGCACGGAGGAUGUGCUGCUUGAGAAGGACGCGCUGGGUCUGCGGUCGUAUAUUACCGUCAAGCAGACCAAGACGAUGCUGGCUGUGCGUGGCCUUAAGGAUCGUUUAGUCAUUACGUUACCAGAGGAACAUCACACAUUGGAGACGACUAGGUUCUACCUGGUGCUUCAGAGUGUGGAGCCGGCAGACACGGACAAGAAGGUUGCCUAUGGAAUUGUGUUCUUCAAGCAGGACCAGCUCCAUAUUGACUUGUUCGUCUUCUUUUCGGUGUUCUUUUCUUGCUUCUUUUUAUUCCUGGCUGCGUGUGUUGUCGCAUGGAAGGCGAAACAAGCGGCGGAUGUAAGACGUGCACGGCGACGCCAUCACGUCGAGAUGUUGCACAUGGCGAAGCGGCCAUUUGCAACCGUCACGCUGCACAUGGCGCAUCGCAGCAAACCUAGACAUAAUGCGCACUACGAUCUCCGUCCGAUCGCCAUUGAACCCACAGAUGAUGGUUUGGCAGCCGUCGCAACAGUCUUUGUCAGCCUGCCAGGAGGACAAAGCGCAAAUGUGAAACUAGCGCUAGCGUCCUCACUCAUCCUGCUAGCGCGGCAAUUCCCCACCGGGCGUACAUUCCUGCGGAGGCGCUCCACUCAUGCCGCCCCACCGACCUAGGUCCUCAUUGCUGUAUCGUCUAACUCAUAAGUCAUCCUUUUGACACAACAUGAAUGAAAGAAAAACACACAAAAAACGAAAAUACUCGACAAAUUUUACUCGUUACUAUUAUCUCUCUACUCGAUUAUAUUUAAACGAUAUGUACCUACAUGUUUUAUAUGUUAUAGAUAUAUGUUUUAUUUAUAAAAAAUAAUUUUAAUCAUGGCGCGAGGGUCGCGAAGAGAACAGAGGUGGAAUCUCAACAACUCAUCAGCUCAUUGACAAAUUGACAAAUAGAUAUUGAUUUCCAAAGGUGCAGUUACAGAUUAGGAAGAUAAUUAAUUGUUUAUUGUACAUUCAGCAACAGUUUGACAACAAAAACUUGUGAUUUUAUUGUUAUACGGGUGAACAAACUGACAAAACGGAACGGAAAUGUAAUUGAUACGCAAAUUAUACAGAAAUACUCGAAAUCUAUGUUGAAAACAAAA